AUGCUCCCCAAAAAAGCGGCUCCAAAAGAAAUGGAGCUUAAAAGGAGGUACUCUAUGGUAGGAAAUGAUGAACUUUUAAUUGAUACUCCAAUCUGGGUCAAACGUCCUGAAGACGGGAUAAAGCAUAAAUAUAAACUAGGAAUAAUCAAAAGUUUUGGGGAAAAAACUAUACAUGUUAAUAUUGAAGAUGAGGGGGAUAUUGAUGUUGACUUUAAUAUGUGUUUUAACUAUAAUGUUGGAAUCGAUCCUAUGCAAAUUAAUGACUUAACUAAAUUGCCUCAUGUAAGUGAAGCCUCCGUUUUAGAUGUUAUCAACCAAAGAUUCAAUAUGGACUUAAUCUAUUCUUAUGCUGGAAGAUUGUUAGUUGCUGUUAACCCUUUCAAGAUGAUUGAAGGACUCUAUGGUCCAGAAAAAAUUAGGUUGUAUAAAGGAGCAGAUUAUUCUAUGGGUUUCCCUAGUGAACUUCCUCCUCACACUUUUGCUGUUGCUCAAAGAUCAAUGCAACUUUUAGAAACCCAAAAAAUCAACCAGUCAUGCAUUGUAUCUGGAGAAUCUGGAGCAGGGAAGACAGAAACUGCAAGACAGCUCAUGUCUUACUUUGCUUCUUCAGGAAUGGGGUCUGACAAUAAUGUACAGGACGUAAUUUUAGGAGCAAACCCAUUAUUGGAAGCCUUGGGAAAUGCGAAGACACUUAGAAAUAACAACUCAAGUAGGUUUGGUAGGUUUAUUAAGUUAUGUUUAGAAAGGUCUAAUGGUAUUGUUGGAGGUGCAAUUUCAAGUUAUAUGUUGGAAUUAAGCAGAAUUGGCCACCAAAUCGAAAAUGAGAGAUCCUACCAUAUCUUCUACCAAAUUAUCAAAUCAUAUAAUUCUCAGUCUGAUAUAGUUAAGUACAAAUUACGUGAACUAAACUGGUAUAAAUAUUUAAAUGCGUCUAAUUGCUAUGAUGUUCAGAAUAUUGAUGAUGUUAAAGAGUUUAAAAACUGUGUAUUUCCUCAACUAAAAAGAAUUUUACCAAAUCAGGAAGCCAUAGAACAACUCAUUUCUCUAUUUUCGGCUAUCCUACUAAUGGGUAACUUUGAACUAGGUGAGCAAGAAUCUAAAGGGAUGGAAGAUGCUGCUUCUAUUGAAAGUCAAGACAUCUUGAAAGAUGUCUCUGAGUUGUGGGGGAUUAACCCCAAAGAAUUUGAGGAGCUCUUAAUUACAACUAGUAUUGAGAUCAGAGGCACUGUAGUUGUUUCAGCCUUGAACAAGUCAAAGGCAUAUGAGCAAAUAGAGAGUUGUGCAAAGGAAGUCUAUCUUAGAUGUUUUAAUUACUUGAUAGAUCUGAUCAACAAGGCAAUUGAAUUUGAUGAUGAAAAGAAACAGUGGAUUGGAAUUUUGGACAUUUAUGGUUUUGAAGUCUUUAAAGUCAAUGGUUUUGAACAAUUUUUAAUUAACUUUGCAAAUGAAAAACUUCAACAGUUCUUUAUUUCCUCAGUAUUUCAAGCAGAAUUACAAGAAUAUAAGAAAGAGUCAAUUUCCCAUGAUAACAUUACAUAUGAAGACAAUUCUCCUUUGGUUCAGCUGUUCGAUGGUAAAGGAGGUAUCUUUGAUUUACUCGAGGAGUCUUGUUUAGUGUCUAAUGGUACAUAUGAGAGCUUUACCAAUAGUGCUCAUAAGAAUUGUGCAAGCAAAAGUGGCUAUAAGCUUCCAAAAGGAAGUAUUCCCGAUAAGUUUAUCAUUGAACAUACGGCAACUACAGUAGAAUAUACAACCAGAGAAUUUGUAAUUAAAAAUAAACAUAGAAUUAGGCCAGAGAUCAUCCAGCUUUUCAAAGAAUCCAAAAACUCAAUAAUUAAGGGUUCCUUUGAGAAAGUUGAAAUUCUAAACUCCAAAAAACUUAAGGGAAAGUUCCUUGCAAGUAUUUUCAGAGUUUCAAUUGAACAUUUAUUGGAUACAUUGAAGGCUACAAAUGCCCAGUUUAUUAGAUGUAUCAAGGCAAAUGAAAAGAAGUUACCAAAUCUGAUUGAACCUGAUAUGGUAGUUGACCAGCUUCAAAGUCUAUCAAUUAUGGAGGCAAUCUUACUUGUUCAAAAAGGAUAUGCAUACAGAGAAACCUUUGAAAAAUUUAUGCAAGAAAAUUCAAUGAUCAUGAAAUUGAUGGGACAGACAAUAAAUUCAGGAACGGAUCUAAAAACACAAUGCCGUCAGGCAAUGAACACUAUGAAAAUACCUGAAUCAGAAUGGCAAAUUGGUAAUUCAAAGAUUUUUAUCAAAAAGGACGGUUGGAUUGCAGUAGAGAGAUUCUUCAGAUCAGUAACAAAGAGUUUAGUUCCUUUGGCAGAAAGUUUGAGGGAAAUAUAUAGACUUUCAAGACUCAGAAAACAGCUAAAAGACUUUUCAGUUUCUCUAAUUAGAUGUCAGAGUUUGGUAAGAAUGUACAUUCUAAACAAGGAAGGAGUUGCAAAGAACAUGUUGCUUAAUCACCUUGUUGGUGUUGUACUUCUUAUGAAUAUUCCAAAUGCAAUGAGGAAUUAUACUAAUUCAAUAGUAACUAUUCAAAGGAUAUACAGAGGCCAUAGAGUCAGAAAGGAGAUAAGGGAAUCUUUGAGAAAAAAAGCUGCAUUGAAAAAGUUCUUAAAUUUUAUCUGGUUAUUAUUAAGUGUUUUGAGAGUAAAGAAUACCUUUAUGGAUGUUCUACAUAAGAUCAAAUCAGAAGCAGCAGCAAAGAAAGUCCAAAGUGCUUGGAUUCAUUACAAAAAGAAGAGACGGUUAAUUCUUCUGAAGCUCUACUCGAUUAAACAGGCAAAGGCUAUUAAAAUCCAAAGGACAUGGAGAUACUACUAUUUGAGACAGAUCAUGAUUCACUAUAUUCGUAUAGCAUCUCCAGCAAGAAAGAUACAAAGCGUAUGGAGAGGAUAUUACACCAGAAAAACAAUAAAUCAUGCUCAUUUCUUUCAAAAAAUUAGAAUAAAACUUUGGAAUAGUGAGUACGUCAUGAAGAUCCAGUGCUUAAUAAAAAGGUAUUGGAUCUUGGCUCACCUUGAUAGGUUAUUCUGGGUAGCAGAUGUUCUCCAACCACGCUUACAGUCAGCUUUGACAAGGAUAUAUUGGAAAAACAUGCUGAAAUCAAUUAAAUGUAUUCAGAGCUGGUGGAGAGGUGACAGAGUCAGACAGAUAAUUCGAGAGGAAAAACUACAUGUUUUGUUAAUGGCAGAGAAAGUUAGAACAGACUACAUAACUCAAAAUGAGUGCCAGAUGUUGCUGCAAUGGGACUUAGAAAGAAGAAAUAUGAAUAGAGUUGUACUUGGAUCCAAGGGAGAGAAAGCUCCCAAAGGACUUCAAAUUAUUCAAGUGGUUGUAGAAGUAGAUACAACUAGAGAGUAUCCUGCUGGAUGGAUAGAAUCAGUAACAGGUUUACUCAGAUCAGGAAACUCAAUUCAAGAUGUUGGGAUUGGAGGGUUCCAUACUGUUGUUUUAACUUGUGAAGGGAAACUAUACUCUUUUGGAAUGAAUGACAAAUCACAACUGGGGCUUGGAAAAUCUCCUAGUGAAUUACUUGGAAGAGCUCUAAUCAGACCUGGAGCAAGUCUCCAAAUUGAAAAUAAGAUAAAAAGUAUUUCUUGUGGAGUAGAUCACAGUUUAGCCUUGAGUGAAUUUGGUUCAGUUUACUGUUGGGGAGCCAAUGAAUUUGGUCAAUGUGGAUGCGAUGCUACAGAGUAUCAGAUUUCAUCCCCAACUCCAAUUUCUCUACCUGCUGAUUGGAAACAGACUAAAAUCACUCUUGCAAGAGCGGGAGCAUUUCACUGUGUAGCAGUAACCAUUGAUAAUGAGGUGCUGGUUUGGGGUAGAGGAGAUGAUUUAGGGUUAGAGGAUGUCCACGAUUCUUUGUAUAUUCCAAUGCAGCUCAGGAGUCCAGCUAUUAAAAAAUUGGGUAGGAUUAACUCUCUGAGCUGUGGACUAGGAACUACUUUUAUGAUUGGAAUUAAUGGAGUUGUUGCAGUAUUUGGAGUUGCUCAAAAUGGAAUACUUGGCCUUGGGAAGGGGGUCUACAGUACCAAAAGGCCCAAAAUCCUCUCAAACAUUUCAAGAGUUUCCCAAAUAUCUCUUGGAUACAACUUUGCCUUAGCUCUCACAACUAAUGGAGAAGUAUACCAGUGGGGACAAGUGCCAGUAUGGAACGAGUAUUUAGAAAAAAAAUUACAUAAAAACUUCUUUACUCCCAAGCUUUUGGACCUUUCAGAGUUAAAAUCCCAUGUUGUUGAGAUCCAGACAGGUUGGUGGCAUUCAGUAGUUCGUCUGAAAAACAACUUUAUUUGGAGUUGGACUUUCGUCUGUGAGCCGAAAAAGGAAUCUCUUGAUAAGAUGAAUAAAAAGGAAGCCAAACCACAGAAGGAGAGGAAAAUAUCAGAAGGAGCUAUUCUCAAGUCCAGUAAAAGCAGUGAAGUUGAUAUUUUAAAUGUAGAGAGAAUAAUUCCUGUGCUUUUUAAAUUCGACUUAGCUGAAGACAGGUGCACAAAGUGUAUCAAGGUGGUUAGCUCCCCGUCCAUGACAGUAGUUAUGAGAGGAGGUAAGGACCAUAUCUCUAGGGAAUACGUAAUCCAGCCCUACCUAUUACAAGACUUUGAGGAUGAUCAACAAGGGAAGGUCAGUUCAUUCAAUGAAGACAGUUUUUCAGACUUUGAUACAAUGGAAAACUCGCUUAACCAACAUGCAAGGCAUUAUAGAUCUUCUGGAAGCGAUUUUUGGGGAGCAGCGUUCUCUGCUUCAGAUUCCAUGGAUAUUUUUGAAGAUCUAAAAUACCCAGCAUUAAGGGAUCCUGAUGAGUUCACCAACGCCUUAUAUGAUACUAAACAAUCCUUUAAAAAAGACAGUGAAGAAAAGGCUCUGGGAAGACAAGCUAAGGUGGUGGAACUAGAUGACUUCAGCUCAUUCAGGAAUGUUCCUAUGGCUAUUACUAAUAGCUUGCAAUCCUCAAAAAGAACAACAGGAUCGCUAACUUAA